CAAGCGACCCUGAAAGAUUGUAAAUAGCAUCUACUGUUUGUGUUUUUUUGCUUCUUAUUAGCACACGGGACAUCAAAGAAUAAUAUCUAGUCUCCAACUUGUACUAACCCCCCCCAACAACGACAUGAAUAACAACGGCACUUUAACAACACGUAUGAUGCCACCAUCACCAAAUAAAUCAAAAAGUGUUCACAAGUCAUCGGGCAAACUCUUUCGCCAUAAGGACAAGGAACGGUCUGGUAGUAGUGGAAGCAGCAGUGGGAGUAGUGGCAACAAUGGGAGUAGUAGUAGCAGCAGCAGUACCAGCAGCAACAGCAGCAGUAGCAGCUGCAACAACAGUGGCAAAAGGGAUGAUCCAAUGGAACUUAAAGAUUGCCCGUUGACUCUACCAGUGGUUGGUGCCUUGGACCAUACCAGGUCAUUACCUCGUUACACAGCCUUGGUGAAUGCGGAAGGGGUUUCCAUGGAGGAGCUCGACGGCCUCCAGCUUGAGUUGGAGUUGCUGCUGUCAUCCGUCCUGGUGCGGCAGAAUGGCCUGAACAACCAGCUGAAUAUCAUCCACCAGCUGGAGAAGGGCAAAUAUGUACCCAAGACGCCAGUGUCUCCUGGGAAGAAGAUGAAACGUGAUGACCCUGACAGACCAUCUAAGAAGAUGAAGGACUCCAGUGGCAAGUCUAGAGAUGUCCUAGCCUCCCCUGGCCCUCCGCCGGGUGUCAAGCCGGCUAAGGUGAAUAAAGUUAAGUGUUCCGUACAGAAAUAUGAACCAGUGUUCGAUGUGCCUGACCUUGGGCCCCCUGAGCAGCCCAAACCUCCACCACCCAAAAAUGACAUCACCAAUCGCUUCUGGGCAACUGUAGAGCAAUAUUGCCAAGAAAUCACUGUUGAUGAUAUAAAGAUGCUUGAAGAUUUGAUCAACAAUCCAAAUGAUGAUAGUGACUACUAUAAAACGCCUCCCCUGGGAAGACACUAUACAUUACGCUGGGCUCAGGAAGACUUGCAAGAUGAACAGAAAGAAGGUGUAAAACUUGCAGAGGGAAAGAAGAAAAAUGUUAAGACAGAUUCAAGUAGUUCAGAUAUGUCUGAUAAAUUGUUAAAGGAAGUGGAUAUGAAUGGAUGUAAUGAUGAUGUAGCACCUUUUGGUCCUUUGACCCAAAGACUAAUUGCUGGUUUAGUAGAAGAGAAUGUUUUAGUGUCCGAUAUAGAAAAUAAAGAUGGUCUGGGUAUAAGUCGACCGGGAAUGAUAAGGUCACUAGGGCUGGCAAGCGCUUCCAGCCUGGAGAAACGCAUCAAGAAAGAACUUCAAGAACAAGGGGUCUUGGAGGCAGAAUAUGGAAAUGAAGACGACGAUGAUGAAAUCCUUUUAGAGUUGAAGAGAUGUCAGGCAGAACUACGUGCAGUAUCAGCCCACAAUGCGCAGCAGUUGAGUCGUUUGCUGACCUUAGCCCGCGAAUCCUUAGUUCGUCAUGACUUGAAAAAGAAGCUACGAGAUGCAGAUCAAAAGGUUUUAGAGGCAUAUCGUACAAUAGCAGCUGCACGUCAAAAAAAGAAGACCCCCUCAAAGAAAGAUAAGGACAUUGCUUGGAAAGCCAUCAAAGACCGAGAAGUAAUUGUUCGUCAACUUGAUUUAGCAUCAAAUAACAACUGCUAGAUAUAUCCUAACUUUAUGACAAGAAGUUAGAAUGUAUACUCUUGCAAAGUUCUUAAAUGAAGAUGUCUGGUAAAAAUUCAAGAAGCCUUAAAAAUUACUGUACUCAUUAAAAUAUAUUUAGAUAGCAAUGAUACUGUUGUCAUACUGAAAGAAAAGGUCUGAUCAGUGUAUUGUCUGUAUGGUUUAGUAAUCAUUCCAGAAGUUUUGGACUGAAAGAGUUAUCUUUUCAUACAGAGAUACUAAAAUUUACUAUGGAGGUGGACUGGAAUAAAAGACACAAAAGCUUUGAUAGUGGAACAAUCUGUUACGGUUUUCUAAACAUUCAGAUAUGGAUUGAUUUGUAUUAUAGUGUGUUAAUGCUUUUUGUAUAAGUCGCAUUGUUUCAGCUCCUCCCCAUAAAUUUUUGUUUAUUUAUUUAUUUAUUUUUUAAGAAUUUUAGAACAACUUCAUAAGAACAUUACUAGUAAUCUAUCAAAAGGAUUAUUUAUUUAUUUAUGAAUACUUAGCGCUUUACUUUUUAAUAUAUAUUAGGGCAAUCUUGAUAAGGUCUUUGUAAUUGGCCAGGUAUUUGGAUCUGAGUAUUAUUUAUUAGAUUAAUGUUAUAUAUUUUUAUUAUUGAGCAGAAUGAUCACUAAAUUGUGAUGUCUUUGAACUUCAUAUUCAUAAAGCAAUCAGAUGGGGUUCUCUUUUUUUUUCUUUUUUUUUUUGAGACUAAAUGUGGAUAUAUUCAGGUAUUCUUAGUAUUUAUGGAUCUAUAACCCACUUGAAGGAGAGUGGAAAUAGUCAGGAGAUAAAUUCCAAUUCCAUACUUUCACAGGUAUUAAUAUAUUUUGUACAAAAUAUAUUAGGAAUAUUUCAGGGUUUCCAGAAAACAAACCAUCUAUCUUUUAAAAUUUUUGAGACACUUUGGGAACUAUAUAUUUUUUUUUAACCCAGAUUUGAAAAACAAAGAUACGAAGUGAGCCAAAGAAUUCUAAAUCUGUCGUAAUUGCUAGAUACUCCCUUUUUUUUUUUUCUUCAGAGAUAUCUUUUAGACUUAUUCUAGUAUUAUUUGCAUUAUAGGUUUGCAAAUAACAUAUGAAAAUUAUCUGAAGCUGCUGUUUUUUGCAGUGUAAAGGAUGACUGACAGGAAUCAUGUUUUAUGAUGAAUAUUAAACAUUUACAGUACUA